UCUUUCUAUACUCUCUUCCUUUAGCAUAAUACAAUCCCACAAAGAAAAACUUAUGACACCUUUCCACCCUCGUAGUCUUCUCGAUGGGUCGUUUGUUUCUUCUCCACACCACAACGAUACAGAUACUACAAACUCAAACGAGAUGAAUCUUAUAGUCAAUAUUAUGUGGAUCGUGUUGCUCUGUGGAUUCAUAACCUCUUUUGGAGUGUUUCAAGUGAUACGUUACGUUAUGCAACAGAGACGUACAUCUACAAUGACAACACGAACAUCACAACAUGAAUCUGAACCUUGUGCUGGUCUUAAGAAAUCCGUUGUUUCUCAGAUUUCAACACGGGUUCUUGGAUCAAUAUUCAAGAUUUCAGUUACAGAGUGCACCAUAUGUCUCGAAGAUUUUGUGGAUGGACAAAAUGUUCGUGUGUUGCCAAACUGUAGCCAUGAGUUUCAUGUUGGAUGCAUAGACAAGUGGUUUGAGUCUCAUUCUUCGUGUCCAAACUGUCGCAACUGUUUGCUUGAAUGUCCUGUUGAUAGUCAUGAAGUUGUAAUGCCCCAGUUGAUGGUCACCACACCUAGUGAAAACAUGGUUUGAGUUUUCAAAUGAUCUUAAAUCGCUACUACUCGUAUUUUCUAGUUGAAGUGUCGCUCAGGUUAAAGUAUAAAUAUCACCGUUUUUGCUUUGGGGACAUGGUGGCUCUAGGAUCGGUUGUUAGGGUGAGCGUUACAUUGCCUUUUUGGUUGAAGUGUAGAAAAGUAAAAAAGAAAGAAUGAAUAGAAAUAUCUUUUCCAACCCAAAUGUACAAAAAGAACCUAUCAGUCGAUAAAGUUCAAUAAUAUACUAUUAGACGUCAUAAAAAAGGGUUCAACACAACAAUGAUAUAAUAACUUAGACAUCAUGGACGUAUAUUGUCGUAUUUGAAACUAGAUUUAAUUAA